AUGGCAGAUCAUACAGCUGCAUCUCACUCAAUGGACCCAGAAAAGGACGCCAAUAUCCCAGAGCUAGCCCAGAAUAACAGCAACUUGCCAGAAUCAUCGCGUUUUCAUGAACCCGACCUCGAAAAGGGGGAGUUGCCUGGAUCCGCCCCCUCACCCCCUCUAUCCUACGAUGAGCCCAAGAAAAACCCCGAUCUCGUGAAUUGGGAGGGUCCCCAUGACCCCGAGAACCCAAGGAACUUCAGUCGUAUGAGGAAGUGGUACAUCACUAUGAUGCUCUCUCUCUUAACCUUCUGCAUCACUUUCUCGAGCAGUGUCUUCAGUCAAGCUACGGCAGUAACAGCAAAGAUAUACGGUGUAUCUGUGGAGGUUACCACACUGGGUACCGCACUUAUUGUACUGAUUCCCGUCGCAGUAGCACAAAACCUUGCAACCAUCCUCAUCUGCCGAUUCUUGAUCGGUGCCUUUGGCUCUGUGACUCUUGCAGUCGUCGGCGGUGCCUUGGUAGAUCUCUGGGAGCCUGUUGACCGCGGUAUUGCAGCCGCUGGUUUCUGCGCAGCCACCUUCUUGGGACCCAUUGCUGGACCUAUUAUUGGUGGAUUCAUUGUCCCUUCACAUCUCGGUUGGCGAUGGACUAACUGGAUUACUCUCAUUCUUGAUGCCGCAGUUGGUCUUGUGGCCUUAUUCAGCCUCCCAGAGACUUUUGCUCCAGUUAUCCUGCAAAACCGAGCAAAACGACUGCGAUAUGAGACUAAGAAUUGGGCCCUCCACUCGACUCUUGACGAAAGUCCCUUGACAAUCAACGAUAUCUUUCACAAAUAUCUGAGCCGUCCAUUCGAGAUGUUAAUCCUAGAACCCAUUCUUUCCCUAACAACUAUCUAUCUUUCUGUCGUCUACGGAAUCCUCUACCUCUUCUUCUUUGCAUAUCCUAUCUCAUUUGGAGAAGUUCGAGGCUGGGAACACCCCGGUGUUGCUGCUCUACCCUUCAUUGGCCUUUUGAUCGGUAUUCUACUUGGAUGCGCCGUCCUUAUCUACAUCAGCAAACACCAAUACGCUCAGAAACUCAGGGAGACUGGCAACCUAGUCCCAGAAGAUCGCCUGCCACCCAUGAUAUUUGCUGCCUUCACUCUCCCUGCUGGCUUGUUCUGGUUCGCCUGGACAUCAUCGCCUCAUAUCACCUGGGUCCCGCAAGUUAUCGCCGGUGUUCCCAUAGGCUUCGGGUUGAUCAUCAUUUUCUUACAGGGGAUAAACUAUGUCGUCGACGUUUACCUUAUAUAUGCCAACUCAGCACUAGCUGCCAACACUUUCAUCCGAAGUUUGCUGGGAGCAGCCUUCCCUAUGUUCGCUUCUCAAAUGUACCACAACCUCGGAGUUGCAUGGGCUAGCAGUGUAUUAGCCUUCAUCACUCUAGCUAUGAUUCCGGUUCCGAUAUUGUUCUAUGUAUACGGAGCUAGAAUCAGAGCUAUGAGCCGCUUCGUUCCAAAGGUGUGA